UGACUACACCCUCCAUCCAAGUCACCAACAACACAGUCGAAGAUUUUAUCUCUGUGUUUCUGACCUGCUUGUCAAACGACACUGGGAUCUCCAUCCGUUGGUUCUUCAAAGGCCAGAGUGUGGAGUUCAAAGACAGGAUGCAUCUGUCCCAGAACAACAGCACCCUCCAAAUAUACUCUGUGAGGAUUGAGGAUUCUGGGGACUAUCAGUGUGAAGUAUCCAAUCAAGUCAGUUCCAAGAGGAGUGACCCCAUCCAGCUGGACAUAAUACAUCCAGUGACUCCACCCUCCAUCCAAGUCACCAACACCUCAGUCCAAGACCUGAUGUCUAUAUUUCUGACCUGCUUGUCAAAUGGCACUGGGAUCUCCAUCCAUUGGCUCUUCAACACUCAGUGUCUAAGAAUCACAAAUAGGAUGAGGCUGUCCCUGAACAACAGCACCCUCCAAAUAGACCCUGCCAGGAGUGAGGAUUCAGGGGACUAUCAGUGUGAGGUAACCAAGGGAUUCGUUAACAAGAGGAGUGACCGCAUCACUCUGAACAUAAUAGGUGAGUGA